AUGAAUUUUCAUCACAUAAAGGCAAAUCUUUCUAAAGAGGAAGAAAAGGCACUGAGAAAUCUUUCAACGGGUCCAAAUAUUGUGAUCAAAGAGGCCGACAAAGGGGGCGCAGUUGUAAUUAUGAACAACCAUUUUUACAAGAGUAAAAUUAUGGACAUGUUGCAGGAUAACAAUUUUCACAAACAAAUUCAUGGAAAUGAUGAUAGACAAACCAUGAAGAAAAUAAAAAGUCUAAUUCAUGGACCCCUGUGCCCAGACGUAACAGAAAAAGAGAAGGACUAUCUAGUUAAUUUCGACUUCCGGGAAAGCCAAUUUUAUGGACUUCCUAAAAUGCAUAAAUCCGCUAUAAUAAAGGAAGCUAUCAAAAAUCAAAACAAGGAAUACAUCAUCUGUCCAGAUCCAGUAGACCUGAGUUUUAGACCGAUAGUUGGAGGACCUAAUGCACCUACACAGAGAAUCAGUCAAUUACUGGAUAUUCUCUUGAAACCUCUCUGUAAAAAGGUAACUAGCUAUGUUAGAGAUGAUCUUGACUUUCUAAACCACCUCCCCAGUAAUGUCAACAAAGAUGCAAAACUGGUUACCUUUGAUGUUGUGAGCUUAUACACAAAUAUACCGACAGAUUUAGGAAUACAGGCUGUAAAGUUUUGGAUGGAAAAAUACCCGGAUAUGAUCAACAGCAGAUUUCAACAUGAUUUUAUUUUGGAAGGAUUGAAAUUAGUACUUAAUAACAAUUCUUUUGCAUUUGCCGAAAACCAUUACAUCCAAACCAAAGGCACUGCAAUGGGUACCAAGGUAGCGCCAACAUAUGCAACCUUAACUUUAGGCUACCUUGAAACGUUACUCAAAAGUGAACUUGUUAAAGAAUGGGGAGAAGAAUUUGCUGAUUUGAUAGAAACAAACUGGAAAAGAUUCCUGGACGAUUGCUUCAUUAUUUGGCACGGCGACAUGGAGAAAUUAACGCAAUUUCACAAAAUACUAAACGGGUUAAACUCCAAUAUUCAAUUCACUUUAGAGAUGAAUGAUGAAAAAUUACCAUUUCUUGAUGUGUUAGUGGAGAAAAAGAACAUAAGGAUAACUACUGAUAUAUACUACAAAGCCACCGAUACACAUCAGUAUUUACACUUCGGCUCAUGUCAUCCAAACCAUACUAAGAGCGCAAUACCAUAUAAUCUGGCAAGAAGAGUUUGCACCAUAGUAAGUGAGGAAAACACAAGGGAUUUACGACUAGAGGAAUUAAAAUCCUUUCUUGUGAAACGUAAAUACCCUAUUAGAAAUGACUAG